AGUACACUUCGAGGAAUUAGUCGGUUGACACAUUAUAGAUAGCUGCCGUCGUGUUCUAGUCUCGAUCUAAUCGGCUCUAUUUAUACACGUCUACAUUGCAUCGUUUCUACACAACACAACGGAGCAAGAGGUCUGUCUAAUCGAUUGCAUCGAAACAAAAAAGUCCAAAGUUCACAACGACGAUUACGUAGCAAUUUUGAUUGUGCGUUUACUCAGUAAUUGUUUUGGCAAAAAGUUGGUGAUAGUUGGACACUAGUAGUGCGUAUCAGCUCGUCACUCCAGUCUUUCACUAAUUCUGUUGGACGUCCCGACAUCUCAAGAAGUGAAAGGCCCAAGAAGUAAAUAGUUCAAGUGCAUGGACAGCAGUAACGCAUGCUCGAUCAGCUGAAACCGGCUUGCGGUCUAAACCUGUAUGUUUGUGUGGGACAUAGGAGAGGAAACCGAAACCUGUUUCCCAGGGAAGUAGGAGUUUUUAACUCACUAUUUCGAACCGAUGUCGCUUUCGGAGAGCUGGAAGGAGCUGUACAAGUUCAGCGUGAUAGACUAUGGCGUGUUCGCGUCGAUGCUUAUUCUUUCGGCCGGAUGUGGCAUAUAUUUCGGCUUCUUCCAACGGUCCACCAAGCAGACGCCGGAGAGCAGCGAUGAUGAAAGUCCGGGGCCCCCGGGUAGCCGCAGUAGUCAGAGCAAGCGGACAACCACGUUCGGUUCUUCCACGAUGGAUGAGUAUCUGCUUGGUUCGCGGAAGUUGAAAACCUUUCCGGUGGCGAUGAGCCUCGUAGCUGGGUACAUAUCGGGAGUCACUAUUCUGGGUACGCCGGCGGAGAUUUACAACUUCGGUACGCAAUAUUGGUUGAUCAUAAUUCCGAUUCUUCUUAUGGGGGUUGCGGUUUGUACGAUCUAUCUGCCGGUGUUCUGCUCGCUGAAGCUGAAUUCGUCUUAUGAGUAUUUAGAGUUGCGCUUCAACUCUUACGUGAGAUCGGUAGCAUCCAUAAUGUUUGUACUUGAUGAGCUUUUCUUCCUACCGAUGAUAAUCUACGUUCCGGCGCUGGCGUUCAACCAAGUGACUGGUUUUAACCUGUACAUAAUUGGUGCGAUUGUAUGUGUUGUGUGUAUAUUUUAUACGCUAUUGGGUGGCAUAAAAGCGGUGGUAUUCACCGAUGCGUGGCAGGUAGUGGUGAUGUUCAUAUCCGUUGUCGUCGUGGUGAUCCUGGGUACGAUAACGAUCGGUAGUCCCGACAUAAUUUGGGAUCGUUCUGAAGCUGGUAGUCGGAUUAACUUUUUCAAUUUUGACCCGUCCUUCUACGAGCGGCAAACAUUCUGGGGAGUUCUGAUCGGUGGGUUCUUCUACUGGACCUCAUUUAACUCGGUGAACCAAACCAUGGUACAACGCUACAUGUCACUGCCAAAUCUAAAGAAAGCUAAAAUGUCCAUCGGGAUGUUUACUGUUGGAAUGGGUGUGUUCGUGUCAGUUUGCUGUUAUGCGGGGCUGUUAAUUUAUGCUCAUUAUUAUCAGUGUGAUCCAAUGUCGGUUGGAUUUGUGACAACGGACGAUCAGCUGUUUCCUCACUAUGUGAUGGAAAUUGUCGGUCACUUACAGGGAAUUCCGGGUCUAUUCAUAGCCGGUGUGUUUGGAGCCGCUCUCAGUUCAUUAUCAGUGGUGCUGAACUCUACUUCAGCGGUAUUGUUGGAAGACAUACUUAAAGGGUUAUUCCGCGUUAAUCCGAGUCCUUUUGUGGCCAAUAUUUUUGUUAGGGGCAGUGUAGUAGUACUUGGAUUAGCCGCAAUGGGUUGCUUGUUUGUAAUUGAGAAACUAGGAGGAAUACUCAGUGUCGCGACGUCGUUAUCGGCUAUUGCUGCUGGGACCACAUGUGGAAUCUUCACUCUUGGAAUGUUGGUUCCGUGGAGUAAUUCUUUAGGCGCUUUAGUUGGGGGCAUUUCGGGGGCACUGCUGUCCGGUUGGGUAUCGCUUGGAGCGCAAUUUGCGAGUGCCAAUGGCGCAAUAGUGCCUCAUAAAUUGCCAGUCUCAGUUGAUGGUUGCCCAGAUGAUCUGCUAACUAACAGUACUAUCAUAAACCCAAUUUACCCUGAUGAAUCAACGAUAUUUCCACUGUUUCGGCUAUCAUACCAUUGGAUCACUCCAAUUGGUGUUUUGACCGUAAUGAUAGUAGGCACUAUCGUAUCGUUUGUAACGGAGCCGAGAAAUCUUAAGGAUAUCGAUCCGGAGCUGAUUUCACCAGUCAUUCACCGUUUUCUGCCACAAGAAUGUUUUGGCAAUUAUGGAACCGCAUCCAAAGAUGCUUCGGUUAAUUUCAGUGAAGAGUUGCGUCCCACGUAUGGAACUCAAAGAUCGACGUCCAAAUUGAAACGAUCCCUUUGAGAGGGAAUUUAGCACGAGUUCCGAUUUACCUGAAUCAUUCGAUUGAAUGGCCAAUUUGAUGGUGCAACUGUACUUAGUUCUUGACGCGUGAAUGCAAUUUUGCAAUCUCCAACGGAAGCUGCAACAGUGUGAGGAAUGCUAGUAAAUAUUAAACUGUACAAAUUAGUCGAUGUAGCAGUAGGUGACUCGAAGUCGUAUAACUUUACUACUCCAAAUAUAGGUGCAAUGUGCUAUCUUUUGCGUAACUGCCUGUGAUACAAUGAAAUGAGUUGUUAGGGAUUCGUGGCCGCAAGAGGAGUUCUUUUUAUAUUAUGAUAUUACUAUCGAAUUUGUAUAUCAAUAUGAAACGUUUUUUUGAAUGAAACUGUUUUGAAAGCA